UUGGCAUACCAUGAGGAGUUGACAGAAGUUCUAAAGAACGGAUAUCCAGAGAACCCAAAGUCCAGAGCAGAGAGAUCCAUCCAGACCAACGAGUCUUCACUGGACCUUGAAGAAACAUCUGAUAUUGGCGCAAAUCUCAGUGCUGGACGAUUCAUCUAUUUAAGAAGCAUCUAAGAUUCCAAUCAAUCUUCUACGGACACAUAAUUUGGCCUCAAAAGACAGAUCCUUCCAAGGGUACACUUUAGGAACAGCUUCGGUAAACUUCUACAACUUAUUGAAUGGAGGAUCCAAUGUCAGAAAUGUCCAUGGUUCCUUUCGUGUCACCAACAGAGUCUUCCAGGAGCAACUCAACCGAUGACAGUCAAGAGGGUAAAAGUCUUGCUCCUGGCAAGGUCCUGAACUCAGGACUUCUCUGUAAAGUGUGUUCUGAUACCAGCAGUGGGAAACACUAUGGAAUAUAUGCUUGCAAUGGCUGCAGUGGCUUUUUUAAGCGUAGUGUGAGACGCAGACUCAUCUACAGAUGUCAAGCCGGUACAGGCAUGUGUCCAGUGGAUAAAGCCCAUCGUAAUCAAUGCCAGGCAUGUCGCUUAAAGAAAUGCCUUCAAGCUGGCAUGAACAAGGAUGCUGUCCAGAAUGAGCGUCAGCCCCGUAGUACCGCUCAAGUCAGGUUAGAUGCUCUGGAUGUGGACAAAGACAAGGAGCACCUGGCCACCACGCUGGAGCCCACCUCCUCCUCCACCUGCUCCAUAGUCAACCGCCCACUGCUGGGCUCCUCCAUCAGCUCCAGUAUCAGCUCCACUGAUGUCAACCAGCACUCCAGCAGCCCCAAGAAUGGGCAUCGCUUCAUGGCAAGUCUCAUGACGGCCGAAACCUGCGCCAAGCUGGAGCCAGAGGAUGUCGAUGAGAACAUUGAUGUUACCAGUGAUGAACCCGAGAGGAGUUCUCCGGACUACAGCAGCGCUCUUUACCCCACACGCGGCCCAGAAAGUGUGUACGAGACAUCUGCUCGCCUGCUCUUCAUGUCCGUGAAAUGGGCCAAGAACCUGCCUGUGUUUUCCCACCUACCUUUCAGAGACCAGGUGAUUCUACUUGAGGAGGCGUGGAGUGAGCUUUUUCUUCUGUGUGCAAUUCAGUGGUCGUUACCACUAGACAACUGCCCCCUGCUGUCCUUACCUGACCUCUCACCACCAGGACAGGGCAAGGGCAGCCCCUCCGCCUCAGAUGUGAGGGUCUUGCAAGAAGUGUUUAGCCACUUCAAGCCCCUGCAAGUGGAUCCAACUGAGUUUGCAUGCCUGAAAGCCAUUGUUUUGUUUAAACCAGAGACACGAGGACUUAAAGACCCAGAGCAGGUGGAAAAUCUACAAGAUCAGUCACAAGUGCUGCUAGCUCAACAUAUCCACACUCUUUACCCGAAUCAAGUCGCCAGGUUUGGCAGACUAUUGCUUCUCCUUCCAUCCCUUCACUUUGUGGGUUCAGGGAGAAUCGAGCAGCUUUUCUUCCAGAGAACCAUCGGGAACACGCCAAUGGAGAAACUCCUGUGUGAUAUGUUCAAAAACUGAAAAAGAGACUGAUCCUUGAGGGGUGAAAUCCUCUGAUUGUAGGUGCUUUGCUCUACUGCUAUGCUAGUUAAUAUGCCAAUGAAGCUGCCUGAAUGCUGAAAAAGCGCAAAUGUAUAUACAGUUGCUUAAUUUUCUCUUCAUAUCUUAUUUUGUUUCUCUUCUUAAUUUGUGUCUCUUUUUAUACCCAUAAUAUUGCUCAUAAGUCUAUGCAUCUCCAUUAUGUGGAAUCUCCUUUUUUUUUUUUUUUUUUUUUUGCCUUCCAAGCUUGUUAUAAUAGAUUAUUUAGCUAUAUAUAUGAAAGUAAUUGUUAUCAAAUACCCUUCCUAAAGGGGACACUUUUGGUAAAAGCUGAAUGAUAUGCCUCUUAUUUGUAGGACUUAUAAAUAAAAAAUUAAUAAUUAUUGAUAUUCUUGUAUUUUACUUUUUUACAGUCUAUCUAUCUAUCUAUCUAUCUAUUAAUUUUUUUUUAAAUAUUACACUAUUGAAAUAUGUCGAGGGCUACACUACAUUUGACAGUGAAUUAAGUAUAAUUGACUGAAUUAUUGUAAAAUAAUGUGGUAAUGUGGCCACAACACGAAGCGGGCUUUAGCCUCAUAGCCUUUUUGACCCUUGAAACUGUCACAAAGGCUUUGUCUGUGAUGAACGGCCAUGUUGUCAGCAACAGGCCCUUGAAUAUCGCACUUUCCCAAAGCAUAGAGGAGACAAGCUAAGAUGACAACAAUGGCAGCGCUGAGAUGCCCGAUGUCAUCACUGAGAAUGUAUAGGAGGAACUUAAAACACUCUCCAUGCUCUUCCUCACUGUGAGUAUCUCCAGGAGAUGGAGGAGUCCACAUCACUGACUCCUGAACAGACCUCUGCUCCCAGUCAACAGUUCACCCUCAGAGCCAUAGGGCCUCUGUACUUACCAGCUCUCCAGAAAAUGGCCUUAGUGUAUGCCCAGUACACCAUUCCUGACAGUGCAAGUAAAAUCAGUCAAGCAGAUUCACAGCAGGGCGACCACUCCAGCCAGCAGUCAUCAUUCCAGGGGCCUUUGCUUAGAGAUGCAUUGGAAACAUCAGUAAGAAUCGUGGUGAAGAGCCCGGCAGCUUGGAG